AAUGACACACUGGGCAGAACUUCACAAACACAGAGCAGCCAUCGCAUCAGAAUGAAGUUUGAGAAUGUUCUCGCUGAUGUCAACGGAUUUGGAAGAUUUCAGAUCAUGAUUAUUGCCAUCAGCUUCAUAGGACGCUUCACGUUGCCCUGUCACUUCAUGCUCAACAACUUCAUCGCGGCUGUUCCCUCUCACCGCUGUGACAUUAGCGCUCUGGACGAUGGAGGUGUUUUUAAGAAUUUAUCAGAGACAGAAAGGCUGGUGGUCGGUAUCCCACUGCAGGACGACGGGACUCCCAGCUCCUGUGUGAUGUUUGCAGAACCUCAGUAUCAUCUGCUGUCCGACUCCUUCAACACCACUGAGCUUCCCAUCGCACCGUGUCAGAAUGGGUGGGUGUACGAUAACAGCACCUUCAAAUCUACCAUAACGUCACAGUGGGACCUGGUGUGUGAGAGAAGAGGUGAAAACAAGGCAACUGCUACAAUCUUCUUUGUUGGAGUGAUGUUCGGAAACCUGACAUUCGGAAGUUUAAGUGACAGGUAUGGCCGUAGGAUCAUGCUGCUCGUCUCCUACGUCACCGCAUUGUUAUUUGCUACUGCAAGUGCGUUUUCUACAUCGUACACGAUGUUUGCUGUGCUGAGGUUCUUCACUGGUUUUAGCAUUACGGGCAUUAUCAUCAUCUCUACAGUACUAAGUGUGGAGUGGGUGGAUGUGGAGCACAGGAAGCUGGUGGGAGUUAUAGACAGUUUAUCGUGGACUUUUGGAAACGUUGUCUUUGCAGCUAUAGCCUACUUUGUAAAUGACUGGCGGUUGUUAAUCAUUAGCAUCACAGCACCGCUUAUCCUAUCCAUCGCCAUCUGGAGGUGGGUUCCAGAAUCUUCUCGGUGGCUCAUUGCCAGAGGAAACCUGGAUCAGGCGAAGAUGUAUUUGACCAGAUGUGCCUCGAUGAACCGCAAGGAGAGGCCAAUACCUACACUUACAAAUGAGACGUUGUCAACGAUUGUUGUGACAGAGAAAAAAGAUCAAACUUAUUCGUAUAUCGAUCUGGUCCGAACACCUAAGAUGAGGAAACUGGCCUUUAAAACCGGUUUGUUGUGGUUAUGUAUAGCCACUACCUUUUAUGGCAUCAGCUUCAACCUCACAGGCUUCGGCCUCGAUAUCUACCUUGCUCAGUUUUCCUACGCUGCCGUCGAGCUUCCAGCCAAACUUGCUGUUUACUAUUUAUUGGAUAAGGUUGGAAGAAGGAGAGUUGAGGCGUCAGCUCUCCUGUUGGCCGGUGUCUGUCUCUCUAUCAACAUCGUGGUUCCUAAAGACCUGCCUGUCGUUAGAGCAGUGGUAGCAGUCGUUGGAAAAGGGUUUUCAUCAGCAUCCUUUGCAACAAUCGUACUCUACAGCUCAGAACUCUACCCUACCGUUGUCAGACAGAAUGGUUUGGGCUACAACUCUUUCAUGGCUCGUCUUGGCGUGGCUGUCGCACCGAUGAUUCUCCUACUGGACAGCGUGUGGAAGGAUCUGCCACAGGUGGUGCUGUGUUCCACAGCUGUAAUCGGGGGGAUCAUUGCCAGGACGUUGCCAGAGACUCGCAACAAGUUUCUGCCAGAGACCAUAGAGGACAUUGAACGGCCGACAUCCACUGACAUGAACCGACUAUAGGUUUCUACAUGUACUGCUGUAGGAAUUUUGGAAACGGAGGAGGUUCAUGUGUCACUAGAUUCUCACCAUUUUUAGCCAAUGACCAUUGUCGACUUAAUUUAUGUCCACAGACUGUAAUACAUUGUUUAAUAAUAUUAAUGAAGAGAACUUAUUAAAUUAUAU